ACUGAAUACGAUCUGAGUGAUCAGUAGAGUUCGGUUAGGCGCGCGCACUACAGUGCGCGGCGUCGUGUUAAAAUUGGUGUGUCCGUGAGAAUUAGCAGGAUGGCGCACUGUUUCGGCUAGGAGGUGCAGAAUCAACCUACAUAGCAGAGGGAGGCUUUUCAGGAGCGUUUGUGCGGGCCCACCGGUUGGGCGGGCCCGCCACUCCUACACAACUUAUUACAGAUACGUGAUAGCGACUAAACAAAGAUGGAGCAGUUCGAAUCGCUGCUGACGUGCUGCGUGUGCUUGGACCGCUACCGGAACCCGAAGCUGUUGCCAUGCCAGCACAGCUUCUGCAUGGAGCCAUGCAUGGACGGCCUCGUCGACUACGUCAGGAGACAGGUCAAAUGUCCAGAAUGCCGUGCGGAACAUCGGAUCCCAUACCAGGGUGUUCAGGGAUUCCCCACCAACGUCACUCUCCAGCGGUUCCUAGAACUGCAUGCUCAAAUAGCUGGAGAACUCCCCGAUCCCACUGCUGGGCAGGUCAUGGAGAGAUGCAACGUUUGCUCAGAAAAGGCUUACUGUAUGCCAUGUGCUCACUGCGACAAGAAAGUCUGCGAAGACUGCAAAGCAGCGCAUAUGGAAGUCCUUCGAAGGGAAAUCACAAGAAUCAAUAACCAAAUUCGUCGUGGUCUCAAUCGACUUCAUGAUAUCUUAGGUGUUGUUGAACGUAACACCUCAAACCUCCAAACUAACUGUGCUGCAGUGGCUGGGGAAGUCGACGAAAUUCACAAACGGCUCUUAAAAGCCUUGAAAGAUAGAACUGAUUUCCUUAGAAACGAAGUUGACCGUUACUUAGCUACUGAACUUAGAAACUUAACGCAUCUCAAAGAUAACUUAGAGUUAGAGUUAAGUAAUAUACAAAGCAACUGUGAUCUCGCUGAUAAAUACAUGAACGACGAUGUGGAAUGGGAAGACACUGAGUUAGUAGAUACUAAAGAAAUCUUCUUGAAGACUGUCGAGUUUCUGAGAAACUUCGAUUAUGAAGCUGGUGACUAUAACAGGAGGAUACGGUUUAUAAUGACUCAUGAUCCUAACCAGCUUGUUCUGCACGUUGCAAGUUAUGGAGAACUAAAUAUUACUCAGCCAAACGCUUAUGGUAAUGUACUGCAACAGAGCCAAGGAUUGACGAGAUCUAAAAGUGACCAUCGAUUGGCGACGCAGUUCCGUCAGCAAGAGGAGGCGAAGGGUUAUUAUGAAAAUGAUGAACCCAUUCUGGGUGGUCGUAAAUUCGGUGAACGCCGUCCACCACCCCCAGAAAGACAUACGAGAGACUAUGGUGCGACAGAUGACUACAGUGGCUAUGAAUCUGAACAUAGGCCAUCUCGUAGAUUCCGUUCUCGUUUCGUCAGGAGUCACCAACAAGAUAACGAUUCUGACUCCGAACAAACUAGCCGUGUUGUCGAAGAGAAGAAGAAGGAGAAAGAAAAAGUAGCUGAUACUGAAGACGCUACUCGAGGUCCUCUCAGUGGAAUAUUCAGACUGAGUGACUGCCCGCGUGUCAUGCAGAGGAUAUUAGAUGUUGACAGUGGUAAAAAAAAGGAGAAAAAGGAAGUUCCACCUCCACCUAAACCUGUUCAACCAACUCCUCAACCACAACCACAACGCCAAAGACCCCAGAGACAGCAAAGUGAAGAUGACGAGAUCUCUCGACUAAAAAGGCAAAAUAAAGGAGCGGCCUCUUCCCAAGAACCUGACCGGCCAGCUCCUAGACCAGCUGAGGAGGAUCGAACCUCUGUAGCCCGUAAACCCCCCACACCAGCUCGAGAGGCAUCCAGCGAUGGUGAAUCCGACGAAUCUGUUGGUUCUCUACAAAGAACGCGUGCUGAACAGCGCAAGCCAGCUGCGGUGGUGCCUAAGCCCGCAGCUGUGGCUCCAAGGAGACCAUCAGCAUCAGAGGCAUCCACACCGCACCGACCGGCCGCUCGCGCCGCUAGCACUGAAUCCAGCGCUUCGACUGAAAGUUCCGGCUCGGCGGUGAAACACACAGGUGCGAUACUUAGCAUCGCAGAGUUAAAAGCAAAAUAUAGCACUGGAGGACUCCCAGCAAAACCAGUCAAUCGUUUCUUAUCCGCAGGCAACGAGAGAGCCGCACCAGUAACGACAAACGGAACAGCCGGCGGCGCUCAACGGGUACAAAGUCGUUUCGUCGGGUCCCAGCGCCCGGCGCCCGCCCCGGCGCCCGCCGAGCCGGCAGCCGAAGACUCCGAUACGAGUUCCGAAGAGGAGACCGACUCGUCAGAGGAGAGCGAAGAGGAGCCUGCUUCGCAAAGAAAGCCCGAGAGCCAGGCGAUGGCUCGCUCAGACAUUGGUCCGCUGCUCGCGCGCAGUAAUAACGCUCGUAACGACGCCCACGACAACAAAUCUAAAGAAUCGCCAACAGCGUCUCGAUACCGCACGAGACAAAGUUCUCAAACCGAAGAAGAUGACAAACCUUCAUCUAGAUACGGCAGCAGCGGUUCAUCGUACAGUAACCGUUAUGGCAGUAAGCCCAGAGAAGAAGAGAAUACGUCUUCGUUCGAUGACGAAUCUAAAUACCCCACCGCUCGCUCGAGGUACCUCGCUCUGAAGGAGCGUCGCAACCGUCUAGCUCGAAGCAAGAGCAGUCACACCGGGUUUGGUGUAGGAGACGACGACGACUUAGAUGAACCAGUAUCUCCUACAACAGCGUCACCUUCCGCGUAUCUAGCGUCUCGAUACGGCUCCGGGACCGUUGGGUCGGAGUUGUCUCGCAGCCGAUCAUCGCACGCGUUGAAGUCCAGAGAGAGCUCGCCGGAGCGAGUAGCACCAGGAGGCGAGAAAGACGGAGCGGCCUUGAGUUCUUGGGCGAGAUACUUGAAGAACAAGUACGGAUCGCGUGGUAAAGAGCGCGAUACGAGUGGCACUUCGUCGAGCACAUCCCGUCGCCUGUCUCUCGGGCUGCCUUUACGUUCAGCAAAUGAGCUUGCCAGUUCUGAUGACGAUUCAAAAAACGCGGCAGGCUCCCCCAUCUCCCCUACGGCGGCUACAGCAGCGGUAGCAGGUUUCGCAGCAGCAGGUUCCUCCCCUAGGAGCCAGUAUCUGCAGAAACGCCGUUUACUAUUCAGUGUGGGGAGUCGGGGGAGCGAACCCGGCUGUUUUACUUGGCCUCGUGGCAUCGCUGUAGGUCCCGACAAUACAAUGGUCGUGGCCGAUUCCUCCAACCACAGAGUCCAGGUGUUCGAUUCAAAUGGCAUAUUCGUGAAAGAGUUUGGCCAGUACGGCAGCGGAGAAGGCGAGUUCGAUUGUCUUGCCGGUGUCGCUGUCAACCGUAUUGGACAGUACAUCAUUGCUGAUAGAUACAACCAUCGCAUUCAGGUGUUUGACCCAUCAGGCCGCUUCCUCCGAGCAUUCGGCAGCCAGGGUACUGGAGAUGCGAAGUUCAACUACCCCUGGGGCAUCACUACUGACGCUCUCGGCUUCAUCUACGUCUGUGACAAGGAAAACCAUAGAGUUCAGGUCUUCCAAUCAGACGGCACAUUUGUUGGGAAGUUUGGUUCAUUUGGUUCCAAACUGGGGCAGCUUGAACAUCCGCACUACAUCGCGGUAUCUAGCACCAACCGAGUUCUGGUGUCCGACUCCAACAACCACAGGAUCCAAGUGUUCGAUGUCAAUGGAAGAGUGCUUUCUUCCUUCGGCGAAGAGGGAUCCGAAGAUGGACAGUUCAAAUUCCCGAGGGGUGUAGCAGUGGACGACCAGGGCUACAUCGUGGUAGCGGACUCUGGUAACAACCGCAUCCAGAUCUUCCAUCCUGAUGGAACUUUCCUCCGGGCUUUCGGCUCGUGGGGUAGUGGUGAUGGAGAGUUCAAAGGCCUCGAGGGCAUUGCUGUCAUGUCUGGAGGCAACAUCAUAGUUUGUGACCGCGAAAACCAUAGGGUCCAGGUGUUUUAAGGUAAGGAAGAUUUUUAAUUAAUUAGUGCAAUUAUAAAUCAUACACGAAGAAAAUGCGAUGGCUUAAACCCUUUAACUUGUAUAAAAAUCUUUAUUUGUAAAUAAGUAUUUAUCAACAUUUUUAUAUUAUAUCAAAAUAAUGCAAUAAAUUAGCAUAAACAUCUACUAAAAUAUUUAAUUAAAUGAAAAUUCAAAAUCAGAACGUACUUUAAGGCGAGUAAGAAACUAAUAAAGAUACUAAGAAAGCGAUACCAAUCCAAUAAUACCAAUACAAUAAAAUAAUACUUAAUUACAUACGAAUAAUAUAACAAAAACAUCACAAGAGCAGCAAAAACAAGUUACUGUUCCAAAAAAUCUUAACUUCACUUAUAGGAGAAACCGAAAAGCACAGUAACUCAUUUAUCCGGGAAAAAAGUUGUGUUAGUAUCAGUAAAGAAAUAAAAAUACUUACAUCUACCUUCGGAGUCUUACUAACGAUGUAAUCAAUGGCCGGAUGAUUUCCCAAUGGCGGUGAGUUACCUAUUUUUCGGUUGGCAACCCUGAAAUGGCUAGCAAGUGUGCAACUUGACGACUUCAAAACAAACGCAUUAAUUUAUUUCGAAAAUGUUUGUAAGUACUUUUUUAUAAAACGCAAUGAUGGCGGUAUUCAUUUUGCAAAACUUUAUAUUUACCUGCUACAAUCAGUAUGACGACCAAUAUUGUUAUUUUUUCUAAAAAAAAUUGAACUCUAAAGGGACUUUACAUAAUUUUACAACAUAAUACGUGUAUCCCCAAAGGGGUAGGUACCUACUAGGUAUUAUGUUGACUUAACAGAGCUCCUUAAGUCCCAUAGAAGCUUAUUGCCAUUAACCGUACAUAAACCUUGGAAGCCACACAAACAAAACGGUUUUACUGGUCUUUCUAAAAUAUACUUUUCAAAAUACUUUACGCGGCGGUUGGUGCCUAAGGGAAACCAAACGAGCAUUUUAUUGACCAAUUUGAAGUCGUCCCUUUAUACACUAUGCUUAUCUCCAUUUCUAUGAUCUCAGGCCUGUAUAUGACUGGAAUAAUAAUUCGAAAGUUAUCUCCGGAGUCAAAUUCCCCCUAUUUUUGCGGCACCCAAAAUGAUUUAUUCAUCAGCGCUGGGAAAACAUUCGAUGAGCACAAAUUGUUAUUGUUUGUGAGUUUCUCACUUGGCUUGAUAAGAAUAAUUCGCCUUUACAGUCUGUUUCCAAAGCAGGUUGAAAAUAUUUCUUGUUGAAUUAAUGCGUACCGCUCGCUAUGCUCCGUUAUCGCCUAUACUUAGUGCCGCGUUUAUUGAUAUAUAUUUUACUUUCAAAUCAAAUCAAUUCAAAUAUAGUUUAUUGCACAGAACUUAAAAACUAUCAAAUAACACAUGGAUAAAGAAAAACUUGGUUUUCAAGUGUUAUAUUCACGCUUUUUUAAUAAAAAUAUACCAUAUUUUAUUUUCAAUUGAAUUUUUUUUAAAACAUUUUUGCAUUUAAACAUCUAUCAGCAAUGAGUCUGUAAAAUAGACCUAACACUUUCAACAUCAUAAUGAUCGACAAAUGAUUAUAAAAUAUAUAUUUUAAGUUUGCCAAAUGGAAUUAAAUACCAAAGUGAAGCAUUUAAAAAAACUGUGAAUUCCGGAGUCUCGUUUUAAACUGUUGGCAAAUUAUUUUUACCUCUGGGAGCUUUUUAUUCGUGAAAAUUUUCCUCCUCUUAAAAACGAUUAAAUGGAGCCUUCUUUUUCCUCGAGAAAUAAGUCGGUAGGUAACAUAAGUAAGUCUAUUUCUUUUCAAUAAAGUUUUCAUACAUAUUUAUAAUAUGUAAUUUUGUGAACACCGGAUAAUAUUAUAGAAGUAACAUUUUUGGGAAAUGUUAUUCUUUAUAUACUCAACAUUUUAUACGAAAUCAGAUUACAUUUUAUUCAUUUCGUUUCCUUCAUCACGUUACAUUAUGUCAGUAUAAAUUCGUCAUUAGUAUGCAAUUUUUAGUCUUUAAUGUAAUCAGUCAUCUUUACUAGUCGACUUUAUAGAUAGUCUGUUAACAUUCAGACCAUGAAAAUAUUAAGGUACUUAUAACUUUUCAUAAAAAAAUAAAGAAACGGUGAACGUGUGUAUAAACCUACUUAACAGCCAAUUAUCAAAUAAUUUCAUUGAGCUUACUUGGCUGUCAAAUACUUAAGAUUAUGUUAACUGGUUUUUUUUUUAUUUUUGUUAUGGCGGUGAUUUUUUUAUUAAUAAAAAAAUUUAUUCGAAAACUUCAAAAUGCUCGAUCAUUUACAUUUUAUUAAUAUCCGUGUAACACGCUGUCAAAAAUUUUUAUCUUUAAUUUUUUCUUAAAUUCUUCUUUUCAAAAAAAGGUAAGCAGAGGUUUUUAACUUGUCCGUGUAGCGUGUCCACGACAGGUAUAUCUUUAAGGAUCUCUUUUUGGGAUAUUAUUUUUCUUCACCGAAAUUAAUAAUUAUUAUUAUUUUUUAAAAUUACUUACUUGUUUUAAAUAUAUUUCUUUGUAUUUUCAUGGUCUAAAUAGUAAUGUAGAUAGAAUGAAAUAAUUGCAGCGUAUUUACAACGAUUUCUUUUAUUAAUUACUUAUAUUGAAUAUAAUAUUUGCCAUAAAGUCUAGUCACAAUCGGUUAUAUUCUGAUAUUUAUUAAUAAAUAAAUAAAGUUUUUUUAUUAAGUAUUUACAUGCAGAUAAGAA